UAUAUUUUUUUUUCAAUGACUUUUUUAUCCAAUAGAAAACCCGAUUCAAAACUGUUACUUUCUGGAUUAAUCACCAACUACAUAAUGAAUAGAGUAUGCUCUUUAUCAUUCACCAGAAAGCUUUCAUCAACCACAUUUUCAUCUUUGAAAACAUUCCCUUUGCUGGGCAGCAUAGCUUUGAUAACAGGAGGAUCUAGGGGAAUUGGAUUAGCCAUAGCUCAAAAGUUGUCGAGCGAAGGUUGCAGCUGUAUUUUGCUUUCAAAAACUGAAUCAACUUUGCAAAAGUCUGUCAAUAAAUUAACAACUGUUCCCAAUUCAAUACUAAAUGAAAAUCCUCCCAAUGAAACUAGAAUAGAGCAAAAACAUGGUUACAUAUGCUGCGAUCUUUCAGCGGUGGAAUCAAUUGAAGAGAGAUUAGAUGCAAACCUAGACAAACUAAAGGAUGUCAACAUAGUGAUCAAUUCUGCUGGAAUAUCUCAAAAUUCACUAUUAUUGAGAACCAAAAACACUGACAUAGCUAAUCUCAUAAAUAUCGAUUUAGUAGCUCCCAUUGUUUUAACCAAAAGGCUACUAAAGAUAAUGCUCAAAAAUAAAGCAAGCAACAAGGUGAUUCUCAACAUUUCUUCGAUUUUAGGUCUUCGUGGUUUAUCUGGUUCAGCUGUUUAUUCAGCUGCCAAAGGUGGUUUGAUUUCCUUUACAAAAUCAAUGGCAGUUGAAGUGGGAUCGAAAGGAAUCAGAGUGAAUUGCAUUUCUCCAGGCUUGGUUAAGACAGAAAUGGGUAUUAUGUCAAGCCCAGCUUUCUACGCUGAUAAAAACGUUUUGAAUAACAGUUUUAUUGAUCCUAGCGAAAUAGCAGAAGCUUCUCUUUUUUUGAUCAAUCAGAAGCACAUAACUGGUCACAAUUUGGUUAUUGACGAUGGAUACACUAUUCGCUGAUAUUUAGUUAAAAUUAUAUACUAUAGGCAAUAAAC